AUGAACAUCAGGUGGAUAGGCAACAUUCGUAACAUCAAGACCGGAGGCAGGCCGUGCAGUCGCUGGCACAUCGCCUUCAACGGCAGCGAGUGUGGCAACCCGGCCCGCAUUGACGCCUCAAUCUACAGCAGUCUGGAGGGACUAGACAUACACAGGCCUUCGAUACUUGAAGGCAUCUGCUAUGGCCUGUCUACUGGUAUAGUGAACGUACAGCUGUACGUGGGAGACUGCAGGAAUCCAGCAUACCGCCACGGCGACAGCUACACCUCCUGGGAAAGCGUCUCACGCAUGAUCAUCGAGGAAAUACCGCUUGCGUAAAACCGUUGACGCUUUUAAGCGCACGCAUAUCUAUCUAUCUAUCUUGAUAUAUAUAUAUAUAAUAUUAUAUAUCCUUUUGGACUGUGACCUAUGCGAUCAAAAACGAAUAUAGAUUACUGU